AUGAGUUUAAAACGUAAACGGGUAGUGGUUAGUUUAGAAACAAAGUUAAGUGCAAUAAAACGUUUAGAUAAGGGUGAGUCGUUAAAGAAGGUUGCCGCUGACCUAGGUGUUGCAGAAGUGACUGUUGGAGAUUGGAGACGUAAGCGGAAAGAUAUUGAACAGUGGGUUAAUAAAAGUGUAAGUGAUGGAAGCGAUUUGUUGCGGAAAACUAUGAAGAAAGGGGAGUACGAACAGACUUCUGAAGCGUUGUUUUUGUGGUUUUCUAAUCUUCGAGGGGUGGGAAGUCCAAUAAGUGGUCCCAUGCUUCAAGCUAAAGCUGUUGAGUUUAACAAACGGUUUAAGGACGGUGAGGCUAAUUUUAGUGCAAGUGAUGGUUGGCUUGACAGGUGGAAGAAGAGGUAUGGCAUCCGACAAUUAAAUAUUUCUGGUGAAAAACUUUCUGCUGAUUCGUCUGAAAUUGAGUCGUUUAGCUUAAGAAUGAAAGAACUUAUUUUAGAUCAUGGGCUCACAUCAGACCAAAUAUUUAAUUGCGACGAAACCGGUCUCAAUUUUAGAAUGCUUCCUAACAAAACAUUGGCAGCCCAAAGUGAAAAAACUGCGCCUGGGUACAAAAAGAGCAAAGAACGAGUAACUCUUUUGAUGUGUAGCAACUCUUCUGGAUCCUUAAAAUUGAGACCUCUCCUUAUUGGAAAAUCAAAGAACCCAAGGGCUUUUAAAAAUAUCCAAGUUAACUGCCUACCCACCAUGUACAGGCAUCAACGAAGUGCAUGGAUGGAUGGCCAAACUUUUAAAGAGUGGUUUUUUGACGAGUUCGUUCGUGUUGUUGAGGCCUACUUGAAAAAGAAGAACCUACCAAGAAAAGCUAUUCUUCUUAUGGACAACGCGCCAUCUCAUCCAGAUGCAAGUGAAUUGGUUAGUGGUGACAUAAAAGCUGUUUUCUCGCCACCAAAUGUCACAUCUCUUAUUCAACCUCUGGACCAAGGCGUUUUAGAGGCUAUGAAACGGCACUAUCGACGAAGGCUUCUCCAAGUGUUGUUGACAUGGUUGGACGAGGGAAUCACGGUAACUGCAGCACUUAAAAAGAUCACCGUUAAGGACGUCUCAUACUGGAUAGUUUCAGCGUGGGACGAUGUGAGAGUGUCAACUUUGCAAAAGUCAUGGCGAAAACUUUUCCAAAUUCAAACAAGAAGCAAUGAAAAUGAUAACGACAACUGUGUCGCUGAAAUAGUAAACCUCGCUAAUCAGUUACCAACAGAACUGCUGAUAAAUGAUAGAAGACGUCAACGAGUGGUUCAUGCAAGACCAGCAAACGGAACUUACUGA